CCGGCCCAAUCUUUUCCUUGCGUUGGUAAAAAAACCUAGUGUGAGAGAAAAAAUGCAGAAUUUCUCCCGAUUGCUAUUCGUACAGCGUUCAGAGAAGAUAGUUUUUUCGAUUUUAUUGCGUGCGUUGAGAGAAGUCGAUUGAUUAAAAUGCACAUUUGAACUCUUCCUAACGUUUCGAGACUUAUCGUGAGGCACCAGGAAAAGUUUGGAUAGAAAACCCAAAUACACUAUAAAUAUAGCAACUCGUUCGGUGUGAAAUGAUCGAUUUUUAUCUUAGCUUAGUUGCGCUAGUUAAUUUCUUUGUGAUUCCAUAAACCCAACGAGAAUUCGUCGAAACUGGAUUUUCUUCAAGAGGAAUAUGUGGAACUUUGCAGUCUUCCGAAGUCAAUUCAUCCUUUGUAUCUCACAUUGGGGUGUGUUAAAUAUUUGGAUAAGGGGAUUAAACUUUCUACCUCUACGACAGAUGCAAGAUGCCUUAAUCAGAUAGAUUAUGGUUUUAGAAUCAGACUUCCAUCAAGUUACAUUACCUAGACCGCUUGACGCUCCACCCCGUCUCUGACAAACUUGCCAUAUAUCUGUCAAGACCUUUUGAAAAGCAUGUUCCGGAUCAGACUAAGUAUUGCUAGUGGUUCAACUAGAAAAAGUGUUACCAAUUUAACGAAUUCGCUUACUCAGAGCUUCUUCAAUAGGGAAUUGUCUUCCCAUGCUGGAAGGCUUGAAGGAAAGAUAGCACUGAUCACGGGAGCAGCAAGUGGUAUUGGGAAGGCAACUGCGUCCAAAUUUAUAAACAACGGAGCCAAAGUUGUGAUUGCCGAUGUCAAAGAAAAACUCGGCCUAGAGACGGCCGAGCAGCUAGGACCCAACGCAACGUACGUCCCCUGCGAUGUUACUAAAGAGUCUGAUGUAUCUGAUGCUGUAGAUUAUACCAUCUCUCUACACAAAAAGCUCGACAUCAUGUACAACAAUGCUGGGGUUGCUUGCAACACUCCUCCAAGCAUUGUCGACCUCGACCUUGCGGUGUUCGAUAAAGUCAUGAACGUCAAUGUUCGAGGAGUCCUAGUUGGUAUCAAACAUGCCUCCCGUGUCAUGAUCCCUCGACAAUCAGGCUCUAUUCUCUGCACAGCUAGUGUCACAGGACUGAUGGGUGGCCUGGCCCAACACACAUACUCAGUGUCAAAGGUUGCUAUUAUAGGCAUGGUUAAAUCCAUGGCAUCAGAAUUGUGCAAAUAUGGUAUCCGAGUCAAUUGCAUAUCGCCAUUUCCAAUCCCGACACCAUUUGUUAUGGAGGAAAUGAGUCGCCUUUUUCCUCGCACUGAAGAGCAGAAACUUGAGAAGAUGAUAUUCGACACAGGUGCUUUAGAAGGAACAGUUUGUGAAACUAAUGAUAUAGCAAAUGCUGCCCUUUAUCUUGCAUCCGAUGAUGCCAAGUAUGUAAGUGGCCACAAUUUGGUGGUUGAUGGGGGCUUUACUUGUUUCAAGUGUUUAAACUUUCCUGUGCCGGAUUGAACAAUUGUUAUCUGCUAUGAAUUACAAUGGAAGAAAAAUAUGACUACGCUAAAACAAUUUUGAAAA